CUCACCGUAGCUGCUGCAGCUGCUGGUGGUGGUGGUGGUUGUGGUGGUGGUUGUUGUGGUGGUGGUGCUGGUGGUUGUUAUUGUGGUGGUGGUGGUUGUUGUGGUGGUGGUGCUGGUGGUUGUUGUGGUGGUGGUGCUGGUGGUUGUUGUGGUGGUGCUGCUGGUGGUGGUGCUGGUGGUGGUGGUUCUGGUGGUGCUGGUGGUUGUUGUGGUGCUGGUGGUGGUGGUUGUUGUGGUGCUGGUGGUUGUUGUGGUGGUUGUUGUGGUGGUGCUGCUGGUGGUGCUGCAGCUGCUGGUGGUGGUGGUGCUGGUGGUUGUUGUGGUGCUGGUGGUGGUGCUGCUGGUGGUGGUGGUGCUGCUGGUGGUGGUGGUGCUGCUGGUGGUGGUGGUGGUGCUGGUGGUUGUUGUGGUGCUGGUGGUGGUGCUGCUGGUGGUGGUGGUGCUGCAGCAGCUGCUGGUUGUGGUGGAGGUGCUGGUGGUGGUGGUGGUGCUGGUGGUUGUUGUGGUGGUGGUGGUGCUGGUGGUGGUGCUGCUGGUGGUGGUGGUGCUGCAGCAGCUGCUGGUUGUGGUGGAGGUGCUGGUGGUGGUGGUUGUGGUUGGAGUCGUCCGAGUCGUUAAUGGAGUAAAGUUGGCCAGAUCAAGUUUGACGCUCGAUGCCUAAACAAUCGAUGGUUCCAAGUACCUCGCUCCUGGCUCCGAGGGGACCCUGAGGGACCCCGGGAACCCCGUUGACGGGCGGUGGAGGUGGUGGAGCCGAGAGGACGAUGCACAGCUCGCUGGAGUUUGAGACGGAGCCGGUGCGCAAGUCGCCCAUGAUUCACGGCAAGGAGCAGACACGAGCCUCCAUGAUGCAGAUGGCUUCCAUGGGCAGCCACUCUCCCAGCAGCCCGCUGUCCCCGCUGGCCGAGGUGGCAGGUGCCGCCCCCCCCCUGCUCGCCGUGCUGGAGCCAGGGGGGGACGCCGACCUCCCAGGGGGCCUCUCCCUCUUCCCCAGCCUUGACAGUGUGGCCGGCAUGGCUGCCUCACACGAGCACGCCGACGGGGACCCUCCAAAUGAUCCGCCCGAGAAGACCAACAUGACGUGGCUGGAUGCGGCACAGCUGGUGCUGGAAGAGGCCGGGAAGCCUCUGCACAUCAAGGAAAUCAAGCAGCGCGUGCUGGAGGCCGGCCUUGUGCAGUCCAGCUCAAAGUCAAGCCUGGAGGCAGUGAUGUAUCGAGAGACACAGAAGGGAAGUCGAAGGUUCAAGCGGAUCGAGAACAGGAACGGGGUCUUUGCGCUACUGAAGGCCGUUGCCUGCGUCGUACCGUACCCCGGCGUGAAUGUGCAACCGCCCCAGACGCAAGCCGAGCGGCAGCAGCAGCUCCUGCACUGCUACUCCGCCACCGCCGCCACGAGCGCCGGCAGGGCCUUCGCCCUUCCCUCGCACCGCGCCUCGUCCCCCUCCGCGGCGCCGGCCCGCCUGACCCAAGCCUCGCCGGCACCCAACCCCCGCGGGGCGCCGUCCCCAUCGGCCUCCGCGUCGGCGUGCGUGACCGGCGGCGCCGGCGCCGUGGCGGUCUCGUCGUCCUCUCCUCGCGUGGCGCUGUCUCCCGGCCGAGGCCUGGGCGGACCGCCCCCCCUGGGCGGCGCGCGGGCUCCGCCGGGGGGGGGCGGAGGGGGCGCGGGGCUGGGGGCCGGCGCGGCGGCGUCUCGGCGCAGCAAGGCGCGCCGGCUGGCGCGACGGAACGCCGUGAGCGAGCGCUACCGCAUCAAGUACCAGCGCCUACGCCGCCUCGUGCGCACCACUAUCUUCGAGAACGCGGCGCUGUGUGACGAACUGGCGCGGGUGGAGGGAUGCCUCGCUGGAGCCAAGGAGCAGAGAAGGGUGCUGCUGAAGCGCUUCCUGCAGUACCAGGCUCUGUAUGAGGGCACCGACCCCGCAGCCUCGGCCUCCCCCACUGGGGUCACAGUGGGGGGCCUCGGGGCAGCCCCCCCAUCCGCUCACUCGCCCCCCACGACCGCCGGGCUUCCCCCAAGCGUCGCUACGACGGCAGCCGUCGCCCCGGCGCUGGAUGACCCCCCCGCGAAGAAACCCAAGCGGGUGAAGAAGGAGCGGACGAAGGAGAGGGGCAGGGAGGAUGACGAGAAGGGCUCGAAGGGGAAGGCCUCGAAGCGGAGGAAGGGCGGCGAGGGCCCCACGCGCCGCCUCGUGCAGCCGAUCCCGCUCGACCAAAUGGGCCGGCCAAUCUUCCCCAUCGCGCUCGGAGACCUGACCAUCUACAGCCUCGGAGAGAUCGUCACAGACCGGCCGGGCUUCCACGACGAGAGCCACAUCUACCCCGUGGGCUUCUGCAGCACGCGGACGGCGGGCAGCCUGCGCCACUGUGAGCUCACCUGCCUCUACACCUGCCAGAUCAAGGACGGGGGCUUCGGGCCCCAGUUCGAGAUAGUGCCGGAGGACGACCCCCAAAACCCGAUCGUGGCGUCGUCGGCGUCGGCGUGCUACGCCAACCUGAUGAGAGCCACACUCGCCGCACGAGGGAAGUCCGUUCCUGCCGUGAGCUCCUCCGGGCCGGAGUUCUUUGGCUUCUCUCACCCGUCCGUGCAGCACCUCAUCCAGAGCUGCCCCGGCGCACGCAAGUGCAGCAGCUAUAAGUGGGUGCGGUUCGAGGUGUGUCGGGCGAGCCCGGGGGCUCGGAGCUCUGGAAGCAGCCGCCCGGCGGGGGGCAUGCGGACCUUGGGGGUCCCCCCCCCACAGGAGAGGGAGGAGGGGGAGAUCACCACUCCUGUGGGCGCAAGCAUGCGGCUUCACGUGAGCGCAGAGGACUCCAUCAGCAGCCUGCGCUCGCUGCUGGCCACGGCGGGACACAGCACGGCCCUGCUGUGUAUGACUCCCUCGAGCCAGCCCCCCCCCUCCCCCCAGCGCCACCCUCCCUCCUCCUCCCCUCGGGUCUUCGCUCCGGCCAAGCCCAGCGAGUGAGCGGUCACCACGACGAUGGUGAGUGGGUGACAUCAACGCCCGCCUCGUCUGGACCCCCCUCCUCCUCACCUUGAGACUGGGGACGCAUUUGCGUCAGAGGACUCGCUCACCCGGGGGACGCACCCACUCGCUGUCUCACCUGGGGGAGACGCACCCACUCGCUGUCUCACCUGGGGGAGACGCACCCACUCGCCUGUCUCACCUGGGGGAGACGCACCCACUCGCCUGUCGUACCUGGGGGAGGUGCACCCACUCGCCCGUCUCAUUCGGAGGUGCACCUGGAGACGCCUCGCCCGGACACACGUCACCUGGAGGAGACUCGCCCACCCGCCUGUCUCGUGUUGUCCAAGCCUCUUCAUCCGUCUCACCUGGGAGACCCACCGGGAAGACCCACUCACCAGCUCCCUCUCCGCCUGCUACCUGGAGGACCCUCUCUCUGUACACCCCCCCUGACACCCUCAGCAUCUCAGGUUUCCAUCUUGAAAGUUCUACACCGAGUCCCUAUUACCCCCGUCCUGACAGCGCUCUGGACUCGUGCUGGUGAAUGGGGUGAGGGACGGACACCCUGUGCACGCCGCAUUGUCUUUUAUUGCUGCGUACCGUGGGAAGCCGGCGCAUGCACACGGCGCCGCUGCCGGGAGCGGAGCGGCGGCUGCGAUCUCAGUUCCAGACGAGGGCGAUGUUGCGCGGGCACCGGUGCUGUCGCGAUACGAUCGUUCACGAUACCAAACUUCAUGACAUGACGAUUACAAUAAAAACAAUUUAGAACGUACGCAUUUCACAAAGUCAAAUCUCCAGUCGGGACCGAGAGGUGCGCAGCCAGGCUCGGGUUCCUCGUACGCCAGAGGAAACGGAGGACCCCAUCCUUCAUGCGUCUCUGAAUAGUGGCGCAGGACGAGACGCUGGCGCAGCACGAGACGCUGGCGCAUGCGCGCAGUGGGGUGCCAGGACAGGGUCGUGGCUUGGGGGACGGCCAGCGAGCGGAGGCCACCGUGGCAGGCGGUUGACCUGAGGCCUGUGUUUCCCAUAGCUCUGUAAUGAUUACUAUGCUCAUGUACCCAGGAAUGCCUUGGGAGGAGGGUCCUGCCAUGUUGUUGAGUGGGGGCGACGUUGCUAUUUAAACCCAUUUGAAGUUCAUUUUUCAGCAAUGGGAUGUUUGUCCAAUACGAGUUACAUUCCAAGUGUUUUAGUUUGUAUUUCAGUAUUGUAUUGUUUGUGCUUUGAUGUACUUUAAGUAUCCACAGAUUACUUUAAGGUUCACUUCACAUAAUCCUGCCACGAGUCUUACAAUCAUUGCGACUUUACAACUGAUCUGGUGAGCAUACAACGCACGUGCUACCAGUUGCAACAAAAUAGUGAAUGAACGAUGAAACUAACCACAUAGCUGCCGUGCACUAACUUCAGGAGUUGAUUUGGAAAGCACUAAUUUAAUGGGUAACACCUAUCACGAUGUUACAAAAAUAUAUAAUCAGGAUAAUAUUUAUUUUUAAAGGAAAUAGUGGUAUUCACAUUGGAAUGAGGAUGCAGUUAUCGUGGAUCUUAUAUCGUACGAUGUGUCAAAGUAUCGCCACAUGGAAACCCGAGCAAGUAAGCAUACUUGUGUGCACAAAGCUAUGCAGCCAGCAACAAGCGGCACUAUCGAAGUUGUAAUCGGUGAAGUUAGCAUGUUUCUUGAAUUGAGCAAGAUUAUUAUAAUGAUCAAGAGCUUCAGAAAGAGACGAUGGCAGGAAAUUCCAAAGUGGAGCAGCGCAAGGCAAGAAGCGGCGAGAGAAGCGUGACCGGCGGUGCGGGGAGCGAGUUGCUGUCGGUGGCAGUGGGGUGGGUAGGUGAGCACAGUGCGUAGGGGAUUCAACAGCUCGCUAACAGCACUUGCCCCAAGUCUGUUGAAGGUGACACGGGGUGGGAGGGGGGUCUUGUCUCAGUGGCAGCGGUUUGUUGUGAGCUCGGAUAUAAAGUAAAAUAACAUGGUUACAUUCGGUUAUAAUAUCGAUUUUUUUUUUGUCAGGUGAAAGACACUUCAUUUUUUUUGUUCCUGGGUAAUAAGUUUUAUUUCCUAAUUGCUUAUGCCUCAAAUGUACAGAAAAUGGCUAUUCCCACAAACUUUGCUUUUGUGCCUAGGACAGUGAUAUUUUGAAAUGUACCUAUUUUCCAGAACAUUCCAGACAGAUUCAGUGCUGAGUAAACUUGAAGUAACUUCUAGAACAUUCUAGAACGUUCCAGUAAUAUAAAUAGUAUAAAUACAGGGGCCUUAAGCCCACCAGUUCAGUUUAGUUCCAGCUGCCUAAGUGGAUACAUGUCUGCAUUUUUCUGAUAUGGUAUCGAGGGGCUGCAAGCAUCCGGCAGACGCUUUUGGCUGUCUACGGACAAUUUAUCAAGACAAGAAUGAGAAAGUGCUCUGUGGAAGCAUCUGCUAAGAUGUGCGAGGCCUCCAAUGCAUAUUUCGGCAUGCCUGUCGGGGAUCAAGACAAACCCUGGUCACCUCAUUUCACCUGCAAGCAAUGCAAAAAAACUCUGGCAAUUGUUGCUCAGAAUUUUGUUACAAAGUUAAUUUUUCAAAUUGUAAAAGUUUAAUUUUAAAAUGUUGUACAAUUUUCAAUUUAAUUGAAAAAAUAUAUGAAAAAUGUUGCAAGAAUCUCUUACACAUUAGCCAUGGGUGAAAUAAAUGUAUUUUUUGUAGGAUGGUAAAGAGGGGAAGAAAGCCAUCAGUUCGCUAUCCCAAUCAUUUGUCGGGAACCCACUGACCACUCAAGCAACUGCUACUUCUGCAUGGUGGACCCUUCCAAAUGUAGGACUGACAAGAAUGCACCUGCUAUCACUUAUCUGGGACCUUCCAUCCAUCGCCCCGGUGCCAAACUGCCAUGAGCUCCCAGUACCCACUCUGGAGAGAGAGCAGCCGUCUUUGGAAGAGAACAGCAAGUCAGAGAGCGAGGAAGACGUAGAUCCAGAUGACAAAUUCUGAGGUAGAGCUGAGGAGAGAAACCCAUACUACCCCAACCAAAAGACCUCAACAACUUGAUCAGAGAUAUUGGUCUCACCAAGUCCAAUGCCGAGCUUUUGACAUCUUGGCUCAAGCAGCGGAACUUGUUGGAUGAAAGUAUGCAAGUUGCAGAUCAGAGGAAGCGUCACCAACCUUUUUUGCAGCUUCUUCACCUGUCAAGAUGGGCUCUGCUUAUGCCACAAUGUGACCAGUCUGUUCGAGGCAAUCGGAAUCGCCUGCAACCUGAAUGAGUGGCGCCUCUUCAUGACAGCUCAUCCAGGAGCGUCAAAGCCGUGCUAUCUACGUGGCUUUACCGAAAGACCCAAAGAAUAUUAAUUCCUGCAGUCGCGAAAGCUUUAAUUCAAGAUUACAACAGCAUUAAGACCUUGCUGGACGCCUUGAAGGAGGAUUACAGCUGGGAGGUCAUCGGAGACUUCAAAAUGGUGGCAUUCCUGAUGGCUCUCCAAGGUGGUUUUACCAAAUUCCCUGCUAUGGGACGGCAGGGACACCAAGGCGCACUACCACAGGUGGGACUGGCCACAGUGGACCGAGUUCUCUGUGGGGAGGAACAAGGUCAAGUGGGAGCCACUGGUGGACCCCUGGAAGGUGCUGAUGCCACCAUUGCACAUCAAAUUGGGCCUUAUGAAACAAUUUGUCAGCUGUAGAUAAGGAGUCUGCAGCCUUAAAAUACCUGCAAGACUUCUUCUCUAAGCUGUCUGGGGCAAAGGUCAAAGCCUGUGUCUUCAUCGGACCACAGAUAAAGACGAUCCCAGGGUGCAAUGCAUUCCCCAAGAAGCUCACUAGUAAGGAGAAAGUGGCUUGGAACAGCUGUCGCAGUGGUUCGUGGCUUCCUGGGCAAUAGCAAGGUCGAAAACUAUGUGGAGCUGGUUGAGACUCUGGUGAAGAACUAUGGCAUAAUGGGCUGUAGGAUGUCCCUCAACGUCCAUAUCCUUCAUGCUCAUCUUGAUAAAUUCAAGGAGAACAUGGGAGGGUACUGGGAGGAGCAAGGCGAGCGCUUCCACCAGGAUAUACUGGACCUUGAACGCCGCUACCAAGGACAGUAGAACGAGAACAUGGGAGACUACAUUUGGGGGCUGAUUCGUGAAAGUGAUUUACAGUAUAAUCGUAAAUCUAAAAAAACUACUCACUUCUAAAUCCUUUGUACUCAUUUUUAUAUUACUUUAGUAUAAAUACAUGUUCAUUUUGAUUCAAGAUUUUUUAUGACUUCGUGAAUGAAAAGACAAAUUUGCCCGUUUUCUCAUUGAAAAAUAGGUAAAUUUCUUAAUAUCACUGUCCUGAUCAUAAAAGCAAAGUUUGUGGGGAAUAAUAGCCAAUUUCUAUACUUUUUAGACAUAAGCAAUUAGGAAAUAACACUUACUACCCAGGAACAAACAUUGUGUUACAUAGUGAAAUCAUUGGGGAGAAUUCCCACUUUCCUUUUUUACAUAAACAGAUAUACUAGCUUGCCUACCCGGCUUCGCCCGAGACUUGGAUUCUUGUUUUGGAUUAAUACACGGAGGGUGGGGGGUGACGUCAGCAGGCACACUGCGUGGCGCUGCCGCAUGCGGGUGACAUCACAGAUGUGACAUCACCGUUCACUUUCCGUGCAAAACAUAUCCAUUAAUACAAAAGUCUACUUUUAUACUUGUUGCAUUGUGUACAGUCAGGAAGCUACCCACAUGCCAAAUUUCAAGUGUGUUGCAUUUUGGGAAGUAUGCUAAACAUUUCGAACAGACACACACAUUCACAAAUUUCCAUUUUAUAUAUAAACAGUUCACCUAAACACAGCAGAGGAAUUAACAUUUUAUUGAAAAAUAAAGAUUAAAAAAAGUA